CUCUUUGACGUCAGCCACGUUAGGUUUCAGUAGUCCAAGAUGGCGGAGGUGAGCGGGUUGAGGAGCAGAAAUCACAUCGAGCCCAACUGCAAAAACCGAGCUGUUAGCGAAGGUAAAAUGUUUUUAAUUGUGUGCUGUGGAUUUGUGGUAGUGACAUGUUGGGGAGGACGAAGCUGGGAAAGAUUUAAAAAGUGUUUUUCUUUUAAUUCUGUCGUCUUCGUCUUUGUGAGUGACAAACUCUCGCUUUCCGUUAGCCUGACGCUGGUGUUUUCAGUUGAGGGGGGGACCCGCGCUGUUUUGCCAAAUGUGGCACCCCUGCCAGAAUAUGUCCCCCCACACUUCACGGAUAUACUUUUAAAAGUAUAAAACAGUACGAUAACUCUCCAAAGUGGAAACCUGCUCACCGGUGUCUGUUUUCUUAAAGUAGAGACACGUUUCCCUCUUCUUGAAAAGCUGUUAUUUGAAAGUGAUUGUGACCCGGAUACUUCAUUGAACCCGACACCUGUCAGAUCAAAUUGUUAGUUCUGGAUGUCACUUUCUCUCGGUCCAUCGAGGACCAGCAGCUGCUCGGGUUUUCUCGUCUCUCCGCAGUCACCGUGUAUUGGCUUCAGCUGCGUGGUUUCCGAACUUUGAAACUGUCCGCUGUAAUACAGUUUCCUGUGACGGGGGUUCAGCCUCACUUACACAUCUACCUUAAUCUUCUCAUCCCACUAAUGACUGGGAUAUAUUUAAAUACUCUAUUAUUAGCCUGUACUGUCCGAAAGCAGACUUAUGCACGCAAUAACAAGGCAUAUUUUGUCCUUUGAAACAUAAUUGCUGUGUAUGUAACAGGCACAGCUCGUGAAAAGAAAGGUGUGCAGUUUUUCAAGUUCAUCUAAAAAGGAAAUACUAGCCCUUGCAAAUAUUUACACGAGUCUGUUUGUUUGUUAGUUUCUAUCUAUUAGAAAAAAUGAAAAGAAAAAUCUUAAAAGUGGUAAUUUUGUAUAAAUCUUGUCUCAUCUGUCCUUGUAAAUCAAAUUGAAGAAGUCUGUGGUCCUCUUAUCAAAUAGGUGUGGUCCAGUGUAGGCUGUUCCAGGAUUUAGUUUCCUAUUGCUCAUAUUAAAAAGAAAUACAGUUAUUUAAUUUGCUAUUGGUGUCAAAUAAGGAUAUAAAACUGAUCAGGGCUAAUAAACCCUUCAAUGUUGCUGUGGCCUCUGACUUCUGCUUGGUAACACUGCAUGUAAGUUGACAGGCUGAUUAGACAUGAGGAUGUGAUUUAGUCAGGUAUUAGGAUUUAUAAAGUAAAACAUAUUUUUUCGCAAAGGAUUUCAAGCCUAAAUUGUCUAAAGUCUCUGAAACUGUCACAGCAAGAUUCUUACAUUGGAGCUAAAGCAGUGUAAUGGCAUGAUUAGGGCCCAACUGAUAUGGAUUUUUGGGGCCGAUACCAAUUGUUAGGGGGAAAAAAAUCUGAUUACCGAAUAAUCGGACAAUUUUUAUUUUUUUUAAUGAAGUUAUAUAUAUAUAUAUAUAUAUAUAUAUAUAUAUAUAUAUAUAUAUAUAUAUAUUUUAGAUAAAGUAUACUAUACUGUAGGCUACUGCUCUUCACGCCAACAGGAAGACCGACUGAUCAAACUCAGACCAGAAAAGCGUUUUAAACUACCCCCUGCGCCGAUCCGUGCUUCCGCGUUUUGACUCACGUUACACAUAUACGGUCCGGUCUCAUCUGGAGACAUGCAGCUGCCUCAGUAAAAGAAGUAGCUCGAUCACAUAAUGUGUACUGUUGUAUAUUCUACCGUUACUGGCACGGCUAACAGUGUAGCAAGGCUAAUAGCAGAUGGCUAACUCUAACUUUAGCUCGCAUAUUACAUGGUGCUUCACCGUUUACUCGGCGUGACCGAGACCAGCACAGCAGGGAGCAUCGUGAAGUGGGUUGAACUGAAACUUGUAAACUUGAAACUCAGUCACUCUGCUGUGCUGGGAGGUAGUUAGUGGAUGAAGAUUGUCAUGAGGUCGCUGUGCCAUCUACAGGAUAAGUAGGGGGACUUUUCAAAUAGCAGAACAUUUUCGAAGGGAAACCGAAUCUUAUUCUCCGCAUUUAUUUCUGAAAAUAUUGGCGAAAAUCGGCGAGUUUUGGCUGAUUACCGAUUAGACUCGGAACGAGCUAGGCAUGACUUCUGGUUAAAUACACGCUACACUCUGAAAUUUGUCUAAUCCAGCAAAAGGGGUCAUUAACUUUUGUUUUCUGCUCUUUGGAUGUAAACAGUCGCUGCUUGAUUUGCUGUACUUUACAUGAAAUAACUCUUGCUUUUGUGAUGGUUGGUUUAAAUUUCACAUUGGGCUUGUUGACACGAUUAUUAGUUGAUUUUCUCCAGAAAAGUUGGCACAAGUUGUAACUUAGAUAGCAAGUGCCCUACUUUAAAAAAGAAUCAAUACAGGCCCAUUACACUCUGCCAAUACAAAUAGAGAAAAACAGUCUGACAUAGUUUUCCUCUGCCAAUAUAACAGCAGGAAAUGAGCAACCCAAACAAACCAGACUCUGCACAUAGCUUUCACUAAUUUGUCUAAGCCUGUAAAUGAAAUGGUUAAUAGUCGGCCUUGAAGGUUCCUCACUGAGAUCGUAUCCCGAGUCACUUAUCAUGAUAACCCUUGUGUUUACUUUCAUGCAAGCCUGCUGACUCUUCAGCCGCAACAUUCAGUGACAGCGACGGCUCUUAAUCUGCACUUUGUCCUCACGGACUCCCUCAUUGGUCCACUCGUUGCAGCUGAACAUUUGCCCCUCUUGACUCUUAUCCAGGGAGGCCAUAUCAGGUUGUCUUCAAGCACUGGUUUGCAGGGAUGUCAGUGUACCUGAAUCUUAAAACAUCCUAAUGGAUUGCUGGUCUCUAUUGGACUUUUUAUGUUGAAAUAGUUUUUAAAAGUUUUGUUUUUUGCAAUUCAAAUUUAAAAAAAAGUUUGAACUCUUGCAACAAACAAGUCACUCGUGGAUAUUGUAUCAUAAUCCUGCUUGCAAAAUAUUUCUCUCCGUCUAACCAGUUUGACUUGGUUCUUCUCCCAAAGAUUUGUGAAGUUCCUCUGCCUCACAGCGAGCACACUUCUUUAAGAAGUGUCUUUAAAGCACAAACUUUCCAUAUUUGGACAGCUGGUGAAGUAAAGUGGACCAUGGCCUUAUCAAAGCGUGCCUCAGAUAUAGCUCAGGAGUCCAGGGAGGGGAGAGCUGAUUUGGGACGCAGUGCUAAGAUGUAGGGUAGACUCACACUAUUCCUGACUUGCUUGGUUAAAGAUAGACCCCUUGAGUACUGAGGGGAUGCAAACCUCAACACAAUUGUUUGCUUAUGUGAAAAACUGUACAAAUUCACCCCGUCCCUUUUUAGUGCGUGUUUGGGAAGAAAAACAUACUGGCAAGUUAGCCUCUGCUUAGAGUCACUCUGCGAUAAGCUCUAAUGCAGCUAAUUUUAGUUCUGCCCUCAUUUUCUGCAAGCUGAGGAGAAGGACAGGGCAUUGCCCACUUUAUCAUGAAGUGUUGCUCCAGCAGUGUGUGUGCACAGUUAAUGUUUUUUUUCUCUGCUCGUUUAUUGUGUAUGUCUGUCACACACAUUCUGCUGCGGUACAGGGUCCUCGCAGUCCCAGCAGAAUAGUGUCUUUGUGUGGGUCGCCUCUGUGGCUGCAGUGCAGUUGCCACUUCAUCCUGCUGAGAGCUGCUCUGGACUUUAGGGGGACCCCGCACCUCCACAGGCUGAGGAAAUGUGCAUAGCUAGUUUGUGUGCAGAGCAGAUCACUGUACCUCCUCUCCUUACAUGCAGUGCUGCUGUUGCUUUGGAAGUUGUGUCACCUUCAGGACUAUCUUAGACUGCCUUAAUCCUUCAUCUCAAUAUAUGGUCAGAACUGCUCGCCUUCUCCCUUGAAAUGGUGCAGGGCUUUGACGGUAUCCAGUGCCAGCUGCUAUCGGUGCUGAGUCUGCUUCAAAACAAGAAACUCGCACUAAAUGACCAAACAAAGUCAGUGACUAAAUGAUGGUGUUGGUGAGAAUCUAAUUGGUGGACUCAUUGCUGUAGAGUAGUGUUUUUGUUGUGCUGCUCUUUUCAGAAGUUUGGACUGUUAGUUAGAGCAACACCCCAGGCUGAAGUAAAUCAGUCCAAAAACUGAAUAAAGUAGGUGCAGUCCAAGUCAGAUUUUGCAUAACUAGUUGGAGAAAGAUUAAUCAUGGACCUGAUUUAAAAAAGGUGUUAGCUGUGAGCUUGUUUGUGACUGAUAUUGUGAGUAAUGUCCCAGAGUGACAAAUAUCUGAGUUGUUUUGACAGAAAUUAAAAUUCUGACUGAACUACUAGAGUAGAGGUUGGGAAGAAACACACAAAAAAAUAGCCAGAAUCGAUCAUAACUUAUUAAAACAGUCUGUGUGUAAACAAUGUCAAACUGUUCGACCAGCCUUCAGCCCUCCUGACAUGUUGACAUGCAAGUACAUGUCUGUACUGGUUAAGCUUUGCUCCCAGUCAAGUGGUUUCAUCCCAGUUAAACCAAACACAGUCUACAUACCACCAGAUCUCUGUUUACUGGAUCAAAAUGCUAAACCUUGAGGUGUUAUUGUGUCAUCUGUUAGCUAAGUUUGUUUACAUCCAGGUGGUGGAGUAUUACAGCAUCAGAGCAGCAACAGGUCACCGGCAACACUAUACUAGCAUUUCAGGGCAGAACUACUGAUACUUUGUUUAAGCAACUGGUAACUCUAGUGCCAGUAAAUAAAGGUGACUGUGUUUUAACUAGGGCUGGGUGGUAAGGGAAGAAGUUUAUCGUCAUAUAUAUUUUCUUCCAUAUCAGUAAAUAUUGAUAUGCAUCAUGAUAUUAAAAAAUACUUGUUAGUAUUAAAUGUUCCCUGUUACUCUUAAAUGAAAUUCGCUCGACAUAAUUUGCAGUGCACAUUAUUCUGCUUCAUGUCCGACCUCAAAAAUCAAAAGGCCUCCACACAAGUGAUGUUUUCAUCAUUUCAUGUUCUUCAUCUGCAUUUCUGUAGAGGGUAGCACUCAUUUUGUUUUUUUUUCUCACCGACAGUGCUGUCGGCUUCACGGGUUAAAGUGCUAUAGUUGUGUGUAGCUGCACCCUGCUACUUCACAGUUGUUUGCUACUUGGUUCUAAUUCAGCUCGUUCCCCUUUUCGAUGGCUAUUCGUGUAGUCUACCAAAACACGGCUGAAUGAAGACUAUCAAAAAUUAUAUUGACCAUGUUCUAUAUUGAUAUCGAGGGAAAUUAAUUUUUUAUAUAUAUUGUUAUCAUUUUAUCGCCCAGCCCUAGUUUUAAUCUUUUAGUUUACAGUUUUUGGUUUGUCUCUGAGAUCAUUCUGAUUGUUUACCGCUUUAUUAAGUCAAAGUUUUCAGCCUACAGUGAACACAGACAUAUAGGCAGUCAUUUUAAAAAAAAAAAAGGCUUGGUCCUGUUAAUUGGUGUGAACCCGCGUCUAUCAUGAAUGUUUAAUACAUGAAAUAUUUAAAUGACUAAUGCUUAAUAAUUGUCAUCCAACUUGUUCAGUGGAUUCUGAGCUAGGUUUUUGGCCAAAGGUUUGCCACUUUUAAUCUCCAGCUCAUACUUCAGGGAGUGCCAUCCUAAUCCUGGCAUUAACCGGGGAGUCACCUCUGUACCUGCAAAGGUCAGCUUGUUGGGAUAUUUUUUUUUAAAGAUGAAGCAUUAUUUCAAGCAGCCUUGUAGAAAUAAUGGUGAACUAUGAAAUGUUUGGAAGUUGAAAUGCAGUUUAGUCACAUUGAAGGAUCAGUUCAGAAGUAAAACGCUGGUUUAUUCCAUUGAAGUCUGGAGAGUUUUGACUUAAAACAAAAAGAAAACAAAAUAAAAAAACAACAACAGUGUUUCCAGUUUUGAAGUUUAAGACCAGUCGAAUUCAAUCGGAGGUUUACCAGUUACAGAUGUUUUUGAACAAGUUAAUCUAUCAAUUAAGCAAUGUAGGGGUUAUAAGUGAGCAGUGUGAGCGCAUAGAAAAAACAAGCCAUACUAAAGUUCUGUGUGCUCCGGGUUCAGCACACUGCGAACGCUGCACAUGAGGUUCUGUGGCAUGAAGACAGGAAUCCUGCAGUUUAACAGAAAACAUGUGCUUUAGAUUUAAAACAGACUACCACAGAAAUGACAGCAGAAGAAUGUGAAUAUGCCGUCCUCCCAGCAUCCCUUUGCUGGUCCUCUGUGACUUUCUGCACUUUGCUAUUUUUGAGCUUGACCUAGAUGUGCCGACCAAAGUGGAUAACAGUUUUUUUGUCCAGCACAGGAAGCUCCUUGUCUGCGAGCAAACCACAAAUUUGGCGUUUUACUUUUUAUUGUACCUCUCAGAAUGAUAGCCACCCUCCCCUGAAGCUGAAAAAUAUAUAACCAUGGAAAGAUUAUACCUUGAAAACAUAGUAUACGGUCUCUCCACUUGGCCCUUUUCCACAUUUAUCUUCUUCUCCCUCUUCAGCUUUUGUCUAAACACUAACUCAGAGCCGGAUGUUAUCUAACCUGUGUAAUUUGAUCUUUCUCCCUCUGCUUACUCCUAAAGGUUUGAGCGGUGUGGAAGAUGUCCCCAUUUUUCGACAUAAGCAGAGGCCUCCUUUAGCCAGGCCUGAAGACUUCGAGGACAAUUUUCUUCCUCAGAUCCCAAACUCAAACUCAGGCAAAAAUGCCUCCCUCACCCCCUCACCAGAUGAGGAGAUUCAGGAAGAAGAGGUGAGAUUUGCUGUGUUUUUAUAUUCUGCAAUGGCCAAAGAUAUAGAGUUUUUAUGAUGUACAGUCUCUGUUUUGUUUCUUUAACUGCUGUUUUUAUUUUACCUUUUGGAAGUCCUGGCUGAAGGGAUCUGGAAUAAUUGAUUUUCAGAAUUAUGAGCAUUCAGUUAAAAUCUGAAAGAAGCCUAAAAAUCUUAACAUUGGAGUAGCUUUGGCCCUGUUCGUAUGUCAACAAAUAAGUGACAAAAAACACUCACUUUUCCUUCUGAAUGAAAUUAUGUAUUGUUUUCGAUAUAAUGGGAAAUCUUGAAAAAAAAUGGUAAAACUCAAGUGCAGAGUGGGCUGGUAGAGGAUGUCACUAGUUACAAACCAUCAUAGCAUUUCAUGGAAGUCAAAGAAGAAAAAACAAGGCUGCAUAACGGCUCAGUCUAGAAGAGAUGACUCAUUUUGACAAAAAGGGUUUUUAUUCAUUUAUUUACUUGUAGCUCUUGCUCCACUUUGAGCUCCCCUUUAUUAUCUCUCUAGUCUCCCUUUAUUAAGCUCAUGUCAUCACAAUCUAAUCAGUCUGUCUUAGAUGAUAGAGAAAGCCGAAAAUGAACUCCACACUCUGUCGUCAGGUUUUGGUCGAAGAGGAGAAGGACAAACCCAUCCAGAUUGUUCUGGCCAACGAGGAUGAGCACAGCUUUGAGCUAGACGCUGCAGCGCUGGAGAAGAUCCUGCUGCAGGAUCACGUGAAGGACCUGAACGUGGUGGUUGUGUCUGUGGCGGGGGCCUUCCGCAAAGGAAAAUCCUUUCUGCUGGACUUCAUGCUGCGUUACAUGCACCGUCAGGUAAGAGAGUAGAUAUUCCUGCGGCAAGAAAAGCAACAACAUCCAGUUAGUUCUUUGUAUACCCUGGGUUGAAUACUUAUGUAGCCGGUGAAUCUUUAGAGAUAGCUUUCACUGCUACAGAGUUAAUUUAAUAGAUAUGAGGAGUCUGAUCUGUCAAACUAUUGCAAAAGCUUCUUACAAACGCACAGCUAUUGAAAUAGACAUUUUAAAUCCGAGAGUCCUCUGCUGAACGUUUGUUUACAAGUUCUAAGUUAACAUUUCACAGCUCAUCUUUCAUUCAAACACUGGCACCGUCUCUUCAGCAACAGAUUUUUAGAGCAGGAGGGCUUGAUGAUCCAGUGCAGCAGAUGGCAUUACAACCAGUUCAGGCAUGUGCACCUGGAUGUGACAGGCAAAGACCAGUGCAUCCUGUUUGGUCUCAUACUGAGACUAUUACGCAGACAGGAAAGUGAGACAUGACAGAGUGGAUUGACUGGUCUCGGAGCGGUUUACUUGGUUUUAUGGGAUAAGAGCCAAAGUUCAAGGGAUUACCUCCAAGAGUUUGAAGGAAUAAUCCUAAUUUGUGCUCUGGGUUGGUAUUUGAAUAAUGUCUAUGAAAACACAGACGCAUGAACACGCCUUCUUGAGUGUCUCCUACAGACAACUGUGUGACUUAGGUCAACAAAAGUUGCAACUAGUCCUUCCAACUUUCUGGUGGCAGCUGGACACAGAAUCCGCCUGGAUCACCUUACACACACUUGUACAUACUCAGUUCAACACAAACACACUCUUAUAUGCAUACACACACACACACACACACUUGAACACACACACGCACAGAGGAUGAAUAAAGGAUUGUUAUGACCCAGUCUCACAGCUGUUUGCUGGUACAACUAUUGGCAUUCAUAUGAGCUGGUGAUCAUAAGUAUUCAGUGUUAUUGAUCACCUGUCAAAGCCUCAGUGAUCGUUUGCUGUGUUGUAGGAUGGUGGUAUGAGGCAUGUAUUUGUGUGGUUGUGAGAGAUAAUCAAUGUUCAUACACACUUUGCCUAACAAAGCAGGUAUUUGUUUGUGAAGCUUCCUUUUACACGUCCUGCUUAUGGUCAGUGGUUUCUCUGAUUCACUGUCGGAAACACAGACAAGGUCAUAAUAACAAAGCUUUUACUUGAACCGAUCUGUGUUUCAAAUCUUUUUAUGAUGAGGGUUUUUUAAUGACUUACAGGUUUAAAGACAAUAAACUGUUUAACCCAGAUGAUGAUUCUUUCAUAUGCUUCAGUUUUCGUCUUAAAUUGAAGCCUCUGUGCUACAAAACUACUGCUCCCUCGGGUCUGUUUUUCAUUUCAUUAACCAGCAACCCCCAGAAUAACGAAAUAACUAGAAGUUGGUAAUCCUCACUGUCCUCUCAGGUGGUUAAACAAAAGUUCCAAAAGUAGACAAAGGACACAACAGCCAUCAUUUUGUUUCAUAGUGUUGCAGGAUACAGGUUAUUCUCAUGUUUAGCCUGGAGCAGGGACAGGACAUCAGCAGACACACAGGUGAGUCUGUGUCCCUCUUUAAAUCUCAUCCUGGUUCAACCAGAAGAUACUUCCUUUAGUGAGUUUGCAAAAACAAGCUUAUACUGAUGGGUUGCCUGCAUUUUCUAUGCUGCUGUGCAGAUGAAGCUCUCUUUUUAAUAUCAUGAUCACCAUAAAUCCACGAAGAGUUGUAGAAAACCAAUGACAUGUUUUUAAUGUACAUGGUGUUACUCAAAAUUUACCCUCAGUGUUUAUAUAUAUUUUACAAAAGUUCAUAAAAUAUGACAAUUUAAUUAGAUAAUGAAUAUUUAAAUCUAGUAAUUCAUUAAUUCAUAGAAAAUGCAUAUAUGGACUCUUUACUUGACAGUUUUUUUUUUCUUUCCCUGGGCCAAAGGUAGCCAAAUUUAAUUGACUGCAAGUUGACCCAACUCCUAUUCAUGUGACACAAAUAGGGCAGGGCGAUAUGGCCUCAAAUCAAUAUCGCGAUAUAUUGUGCAGUUCACGGUGAUAACUACUCCACAAGCUGCUCACCCUCUCCCACAUUUACUUUGUCUACUUCAGCCGCUACAACUUUUGAACCGUCCUCCAUCUCCUCACCUGUUUUUCCCUCUUUGUUAUGGACUAGAUGAGGUGGAGUCACGUCUCUGACGUAGGACAGUGUCUCAAAGGGACAUGAGACCAUAGCCUACCCACACACAUCCAAAACCAACUUUUAUUUAUUUGACACCGAAUAUACCAUUAAUGGGCAAAAUGACAGUAAUUGUCAAAAUUUUUGGUAUCGGUAAAUUUCUGUUAAUCACCCAGCCCUAGACACAAAUAUCGCAAUGCACCAAUAACACAAACAAAGCUGGGAUGUCAACUUCACUUUCUGGCUGCUUCACAGAGAAGCACUUACCUGUGAAUCAAAGCUGCUUUACCCUUCGCUAGGCUAAACUUAAAACCUUCAACUCUAAUUGAAAAUCAACGUUACACUGUCUGUUACUUUGAAAGAGGAAACUAGCUAUGUAAGCAAAAGCAGUGUAUUUUAUGUGGUGCAGAUAUGUUUAAAUCUGCACUUAGAUGGGACAUUUUUUAAAUGAGGUUCAAGGACAUGAAAUUCCCAGUGGACAAAGUCUGGAGUGGUCAGUAGAGGGUUUGCACUUUUCUUUUGGCAGCACUUCUUUGGCUUCAUUUCUCUGUCUUCAAGGUUGCCAGUAGUGUGGUUUAAACUGUGAGUGUGCUUUUCACUCUGCAAAAUGUGGUUGAUGGUUUAACUGUUGUGUAAGUUGUGCACAAUGCUACAAGGACGCAAAUUUCAAAGGAGAAGUCAGGAGCACAGACUUCAAACCAAAGUCUGAUGAUGGCCAUCCUAAACAGUAGACUCUCUCAGUCAGCCUUUUAGAGAUGAGAAGUUAGUUAUAUAUGGUUUAUCAGAGUGUGGUCGACUUGCAGUGCUAACUUUGAUCCCACUGCAUGUUAAAGGUGGAGAUUUUUGUGUCAGGAAUAUUGAUGUGCAGAACAAAUCCUUCACAAAUUGCACAGGAUGUGGAAACUUUGUGGUCAAAAAGAAAAACUAAUAAGGGCACAAUGAUCACUUUAAACAAAUCUUUACUUCACCCAAAAUAAAAACAAGUUAGCCCAACUUUGCCGGACUACAGAGCCCUUUUUUCACCUCCUCCUUCCUCCACCACAUUCUUGCCUUUUGGCUGCUCCGUCUUUGUGGUUUCUCCCUACCAGUCUUGCUUUCUCCCAGCGUUUCAUCUCGUCUCACUCUCCUCCCUCUUUCCCACUUCUGCAGAGUGAUUCUUGGAUGGGAGGUGAUGAUGAACCGCUGACAGGGUUCACUUGGAGAGGAGGCUGCGAGAGGGAGACCACAGGAAUCCAGAUCUGGAGCGAAGUCUUUGUGGUUGACAAGCCUGAUGGCAGCAAGGUAGUAUAUCAUUAGUUCUGUGGUUUACAAGUAAGCUAAAAAGAUACCCUAAAGCUGAAUUUGUCAGUGUGCGAUAUGAUAACUUUCAUAUCUUCUCAGGUGGCUGUGCUCCUUGUGGACACUCAGGGAGCUUUUGACAGCCAGUCCACCAUCAAGGACUGUGCUACUGUGUUUGCCCUCAGCACAAUGACCAGCUCUGUACAGGUGAGAGGUUAAAAAAAUAAGGGUAAUGAGCCAUUUCUUCCUCCUCCGUCACCAGUCAUGUCUCAUGAAGUGUGUCUUUUUGUUUUCAGGUGUAUAAUCUCUCCCAGAACAUCCAGGAAGACGACUUGCAGCAUCUGCAGGUUGGUGUCCAUUCUCCUCCUCCUCCUCACUGCACUCCAGUCUGUCAGAGGAGCUUCUGCAGUCUGACCACCAUUAAUGUUUCUGUCAUCUGCAGCUUUUCACAGAGUAUGGUCGACUGGCAAUGGAGGAGAUCUACCUGAAACCUUUCCAGGUGAUUACAGCAGUUGUUUCUUUGAGACUCUUCUUCUUCUUCUUCGAUAGAUUCUUUGAAUAAAAAAAAGUUAUUUUCAGUUAUGAGUGGUAAAGAGAGCAGAUAGAACGAAAAUGACCCAAGGCUUUCUGUGUCACCUUUGAGAGGACUCAACCACCACUCUGUGAGAGGAGCUGCUGCAGUUUUAGCUUUUGGUGCAGCAGGUGCGCCACACAUCUUUUGGCUCUCAUCAUAGAGCUUGGCGUGUUUCAUCUUUACGUGGUGGAAGAGGUUGCUGGUGUUUCUACCUCCAGCAACAACAGCCACACGACACUCUUUGCAUAGUAUUUUUUUGCCACAAUCUCCGCGCUCUGGCUUUCCUGUUAGCAAGCGCAGACAUCUGCUACCAGUAGACACUUUUAUACCUUCACACAGUAUAUACCGUCAUACAGCCCAACACUAUUCCACACUGAUACCAGGUAGAUAACCUUGCCUUCACACAGGGACUAUAGAUCAAUGAGAGUACAUCCUGGUUUAAAGUUGAGUGUUGACUCUAUGUGGUAGCUGCGUUCUUGAUCUCACUUCAUAGUUGUGCGGAUUGCUUUACAAUACUCAAUCUAAACCCCGGUUGACUUUGCAAUUUCAAUACUAGUCGAAUCAGCAGUUUUCAGUUCUGCUACAGUCUCUUGUUUUCUGUACAAUAAAUCAUGGGAACUAAAACCAGGCGAGGUAUGUUUGAGUCGGAGCUGAUGAGUGUUUGAGCAGAAGUUGAUCAUACUGAAGUUGUCGCAAAGAAGAACAGGAGACGUCAGAGAUGCAGGUUUUAUGUUUGCGAUGUUCAGUUGAUGUGGAUUUGACUCAGAAGUAUAAAUCAGGUUUAAGGCUGGUUACUUUGUAGCAGAGCUUAAUGGUUCUCCAAAAUUUGGCAAGGAACAAACCUGCAAAUCAUUGAAGGUUGUCUCAGAAAAAAAAAGUUAAAUAUUUUCAGCAGUUCAGGUCUCGAUUAAAAAUUUGCAAAAAGAUUUGAUCCUCUUCCUUUUUAUUUUCUGUUUCGUUCGUAGCGUCUCUGUUUGCCAUGAUAUUUAACUGGUGAUCCCGCUUCAGUCCAAGUAGCCUCAUCUAAAAAUUGGUAACUGGUGACAGCAGUAACGCUCUGUUUAAAGUUCUGUUUGUGUGGUUAAAGAGAGGGUCAUGUGUUCUUGAUGAAAGAUUUUCAAAUUAAACUGUAAAUAGUGAAGGUAGGACAGUCGGUCAAUAUUUAGUCUGUCUGUCUUCAGUUUAAGUAUUUCCUUGGUAUCAAACUGAAUGUGUCUCUACGUUGCUGCAUUUUAGUCCCUGAUGUUCCUGAUUCGAGACUGGAGUUAUCCUUAUGAACACAAAUACGGACUGAAGGGAGGCAACUGCUUCCUGGACAGAAGACUGCAGGUAAGACUUACGACUUAAAAUCAAGUUCAAAGUUGUCUCUGCAGCUGCUCACACACUCGCUCUUCCUGUUCAACGCACCGUAAGUCUUUAUUAUGUUUCAGAGCACUCUGUCAUCGUUAGGUGACACAUGAGCAUAUUUACUCGGCGUGUCACAUGUUUAAACAUGAAAGCACUUAAGAGAGAGACACACUGUCUUUGUUAGAAUGAGAUGUUUUCUGCUGACACAGGUGAAACAGAACCAACACGAGGAGCUGCAGAAUGUGAGGAAGCACAUCCACUCCUGCUUCUCCAACAUUGGCUGCUUCCUUCUGCCACAUCCCGGCCUCAAGGUGGCCACCAACCCCUACUUUGAUGGCAGGCUGAAGGGUGAGAAAUCUAAGACAGAGAACAGAAAAAGUUACUGAAGUCGCCAGAGUUGUCAGACUGCAGAGGAUAAGUUGUUAUUGUCUGUCUGUGUGUUUCAGACAUCGACGGGGAUUUUAAGAAGUACCUGGCCAAGCUGGUGCCUCUGCUGCUCGCUCCAGAAAGACUGGUGGAGAAGGAGAUCGGGGGCAACAAAGUCACCUGCAGAGAUCUUCUGGAGUACUUCAAGGUGCCGCAGGAUUCAUUCAACUGAAUCGUUUCCAGAUUGAUUGAUAGAAUGAAGUUAAACCCUGUAGCUAUGUCAACUUACUGUACUUCUUUAGAUCUAAGACGCAGCAAAAGGUUUAGAACUUUUCAGCUAACAGAUUAUGAUUACCUCAUCCAUGUUUGUACCUCCCUGCAGGCUUACAUCAAGAUCUACCAAGGGGAGGAACUGCCUCACCCUAAGUCCAUGCUGCAGGUUGGUUUCUGUCUCAAAACUGACAGGUUUUAUUUCUUCUGAGUCACCCUUUUCUCCUGAUCUCAUUGUGUUGUUUUUUUUUUCUUCAGGCAACUGCAGAAGCCAACAAUCUCACCGCUGUGGCAGGAGCCAAAGACAUGUACAGCAAGAGCAUGGAGCAGGUAAAGCCAUGCUGUUAGAUGUGAACACAUCAAAAACACCAAGGCGGCUUAAAGGGAUAUUCCGGUGUAAAAUUAAUUUAGGGUCAAACACACCGUAACGCCAAGUUAGACACCCCCUCAAGAGAUGAAUGUUGCCAGCCGCUUGCUUCUCUAGUUGUACCAACUUUAGUAACGACCGCACGAUAGCAAUACACAGCAGUCUGAGGAGCCAUAAACAAACCUCAACCAAAACGCCACUCUAUAGCCACAAAUAAUGCUCAGAACAGCACCUAACUUCAUCAACAGUACAUAUAGGGUCCCAGCCAUAGUACUAGACACCAAACAUCUUUUUAACUUUGCCUGAUUUUUGUUCAGUGAAGAGACUAAACACAACUCACCCUCUCUCUUCCUGCAGCCGCUUGUUUGUACGGAGACCUCAGGCCAGUCCAUUAUGGACCGCUGCGGGGUGACACAGCUCAAGGAAGAACAUUUUUGAUCAUUACUUUAUCAUUUCCUUGAAGUAGACGCGGUAGUUCUUCUGCCUUGGUAUCUCAGUCUGAUUGCAUUUCAAUGAAGAAAUAUCCCCUUAAGCCGCCUCUUGAGGGGGUGUCUAACUCGGUGUUUUGGUGUGCUUGACCCUAAAUUAAUUUUAUGCCGGAAUAUCCCUUUAAGACCACCAGGUGUCACUGUAGAUUAAUAAUCAUCUGAAAAUGAUUUUGGACACAUGAAGAGAGCUGCAUACUAAUAGAUUAAAAAAAAUAAAGAUUAGUAGAAAGUCUUGCCGGUUUGAAAAUCUUUUAGUUAAACAGUUUUAUUCCUAAGAUGAGGAAUUUGCAUUUUACAUUUCUCUAUGUGAGACUUUUGACAAAAUCUCUUCUUUUUCGUUUAUAUCCCAGUGUCACAUCUAUUACUAGAAUGAACAUUAAACAUUUAUGCUGUUAAAACUAUAUGAUUUGGAAAGGAAUUGCAUUUGUUACUGUGUAUUUCACAUCAAAUCUAAGUUUAGUUUUUACAAGCCACCAGUGAUUGAUUGUUCAGUUUUGUUGUCAAAAAGCCAACAAUGGUCAUAUGUGGCUGUAUUCAUGUCGUAUUUGAGUGUCAUGUUGCUACAAAGACUGACUCCACCCUCCUCUGUUCUGAACACUGUCUUAUCUUGUCUUCUCAGGUCUGUGGCGGGGACAAGCCGUACAUCGCCCCAACCGAUCUGGAGCGCUGCCACGGGGAGUUCCGCGAGCACUCGGUCCGUUUCUUCCGCUCUGUAAAGAAAAUGGGCGGCGAUGAGUUCUGCCAGCGCUACCAGAACCAGCUGGAGGCGGAGCUGGACGAGGCUUACGUCAACUUCUCCAAACACAACGACGGCAAAAACAUCUUCUACGCCGCGCGCACCCCCGCCACACUUUUCGCAGUCAUGUUCGUCACUUACGUGGUGUCAGGGGUGACGGGCUUCAUCGGCCUCAGCACCUUCGCAGCGUUAGCCAACCUGGUGAUGGGCAUGGCGCUGUUGUCGCUCUGCGCCUGGGCGUAUGUGAAAUACUCCGGAGAGUUUCGGGAGGUGGGGACGUUGAUAGACGAGGUGGCUGAGACUCUCUGGGAACAGGUGGGUGUUGAACCUGAGAGGAGGGUGGAGGUAUUAAUAUCUUAUGAUGUAGUAAGUUGGAGUCCUUUUGGUUUCGUUGUGUUCGUGUGACGGGCUUUGUUAUACCGCCAAACAUGAUCCCACUUAAAGAGGAUUUAGAUUUAAGAGAACCUGUGAUAAAUUUUGUCAAAGCUGGAUUAGGAAACAAAGAUUACACACAGUUUUUACAUGAAUGAUAUAUUUUUAAACCAGCGUUUCUUUACAAGGGGAUACAUCAACACAAAGUCUGUGUUUGCGUACUUUCUGCUUUUGAUUUAACUUUGAAACUUCCUUCAUUUUCCCAUUUUCACCGUUUUGAUUUUCAGAGUCCUGUCAUGAGUUUUUAUUUCCUCUCCACUCUGUCUUCAUCCUCUCAUGCUAUCAUCCAUCCGACUUAAGUAAAGGAGCCACUGUUUGACCUCCGCCUCUUCCUCCUCUCUUCUACUUUUAUUUCCCCUUCAUUCAUUCAUUCAUCGCUCCCUUGGGCUUUGACCUGCAGACUGAACCUGAGAACCCUGAAAUCAGUGUGUGCUUGUUUCUAAAAUGUGUUAUACAUCUUUUGUGUCCCCCUUCAUGUCUCCCUUUAUUCCUCUGCUCUUGUCUUUCUCCCUCCCUCCUUGUGCUCUACAGAAGAUGGUCAGAAAGGUGAGAGUUGUCACUUCUCUGAUCUGCAGCCCGACAUUUUUAUGUCCUACCUCGUGUCAAUUUACUUUUUCCGCCCUCACCUCCUCCUACUGGAUUCUACAUCAUUCCUUUUUGUAUGGUUCAAAACCUACAACUCACAGUUCGCCCUCUUUCUUCUGCUGUAUCUCUCCUUGGCUGUCUCCAUCACUUUACCCAUUGUUGAUCUCAUCUCCUCUCCUGUCUUGUUUGCUUGACUUGUUAACUCUCUCGUUCCCCCUUCACUGUCCUCUCAGGUGUUUUCCAAACUGCUGGAGCCUGUCAGGAGGCGCCUGGCCUUUCCUGUCUCUCUCCUCCCUUCUCUCCCAUCAGGAGCAACACUUGGCCUUAGAGCUCUGACUCCUCUCAACAACAACUACAAGAGGAGUAACUAGCUGCUGCUGGACGACUGGCGGGUGUCAGACCCUUAAAGUUGGCUCUUGCGUAGACACCUCUGCAGUUCGCAGGCUUCUUCUUUGUUUUGUUUUUUUUCAGUCAGUUUAGUGGUGCUGGAUUCUUCUGCUUUAGCCCUGGGCUUCCUCUGAGUGUUUUCUAACACUGGCAGGUCCGUCUCAUCUCAGGAUCUUGUGGACUUGACGCCUACGGAAACGGUUUUUACACGUCUUAAAUGUCUGAUGUCUAAUUUCCAAAUGUUUUUAUUCUGUUGAAGAGGUUUUGCUCAGUUGUGAAUCUUGAGAAGCUUUAGUUGAGUUUCUGUGGUUGGCAUGUUGGAGACUUUAUUCAGUUUUUGUUGAUUAUUGUUGAGGUUUUUCUCCCCUAACCCUCUUUGUUUCAGUUUCUUUGCCCCCUUUUUUUACAAUCGAGCUGUUCUGGAUGUGUUUAUUUGACUCCCAGCAAAAAUAAAAUCCUCUUUCUGUCUCCUCUCCUGCAGGUUCUGAAGCCGUUAAGUGAACAUUAUAUGGAAGACAACGUCAGACAGACGGUGGUGAACUCCAUCAAAGCCAGCCUGACAGAACAGGUCUCACAGCACACCAAGUUAAAGACUCACUGACGAUCCUCCUCCUCCUCCUCCUUUUCUUCCUCUUUCUUCACCUCCUCUUGUCAUGUUCAUCGCACUUCUGCCCACUCGCUCCAUGUGCUCGAUCCUUCAACUGUGGAACUCAUUCAACACCAAAGCUUUUUCCUCUCCCCAAGAUAUCACUGCCCCCUCUUAGUUUGCUGUUAAGGACCUGUAGGCUCACUGUCUGUGCCGCUCAUCAUCGCCCCCCAGUGCCUCAGAGCAGGAACUGCACGUUCACAAAAGGACAGAGCAGAGAAGCCAAACCAGGACUUGAAAGACUGUCACAUCUCCUCCAAUGUGCCACGCUGCGAUAGAGACAUGCUGUGUUGUAGUGCGUACUGUAGACACGCUGACAUGUUCGCUGGCAGCAGACUGCAUCGCUUCAGGAUUGAGCUGUAAUUCAGGGAAAACUGACGCAGCUGUGAGCAGCUGGAACAACAAUGAAUGCAAACACGGAACCUAAUUUUUGUGCAUUUCUUUGUUUCAUCUCACGGUCGCAUGAUACAGUUUACUUUUUUCUUCGGAUCGUUUCCUACAAGCACAAGCUACCAAUCAACUCUGAAAAGGCGUCUCCCUUUAACACUGUGUGAAUGUGACCCUGAAGAGGUCUGUAGGAAGCCUCCAGCCUCUCUGCUUAUGGUUGUCUCGACUACAGAACUGACAUGCUCUUUUUAAAUGAUCCAGCCUUUUGCCUCUCUAGUGUAUGCCCCCUCUUCAUAGUAUCACUUUGCUGAUAGCACUUAGCCAGCUCAGGGCUUCCUAUGCCAGGUCUCUUUAUUGUCAUGUUGAAAAUGUUGCUCUUCUGCUGCCUUUCACUGACGUCGAACCAGCCCCCUUUUUUGUCCUUUUAAACUUCUGCUGAUCGACCAUCAUUCAAAGAAGAGUUUGACAUCGUGUGAAAUACGCUCUUUUUCAUUCUUGCAGGGAGUUCGAUGAAAAGUUUCAUAUAAAAAAUUAAAGAUUAAAAAAUGGAGCCAGCAGAUAAACUGGUUGGCUUAGUUUAGCAUUCAGAUUGGGGCUUGAGAUCAAUCAGUGGUUUAAACGCAGAAAUCAGCCUUAACCAGCCUCUACAAAACUGUUAUUUAUAUUUUGUGACAUUUUUUUUUGUUGAAUAAAUUUGUAAUUUGACUCAAAGUAGCACCAUGACUAUCAUAGAGACAAAAAAUCCUCCUAACCUAAAAAAUCAACGACCUUUAAUACUAAACUGACAAACAUUAUCCAGUCUGCCCUUCUCUGUAGUUGCGUAAAUUAAAUUUAUUGUUUCCUAUCUAGCAGGAGAUGAUUUUUUUCACUGACAGCUUUAGUAUUUCUAAGCUCUGCUGCAUCGAUUCCAUCCACCUCAUUUUUCACCUCAAGCGCCAGUCUAAUACUGUACAGUCCUUUUCUGUAUUCACUCAUUACAACAAAUCGGGCUUGUAUGUUGGAUUAAAUAUUCAAAUAAACUUUGUAUACGUUUUAUAGUUAAUAAUUUCACAAUGGCUGUUCAUUUUUCUCUUAUUGUGAUCAGCUUAACAGUCGGUUUGUUUAAGAUUGAUAAAUUGCUGCUGUAGAGUUUACACUAGUUUUGUCUCCCUCAUAUGAGGACUGACAUUAGAAAUGUGAUGUGAAUAUUUAGAUUGUGAUAGGGACUUCUGCUGAUUGUGACGAGUGGGUUGGAGACUGUCUGUCUGCCUUUUAAAGAUAUCUCUGGUAAUUUAUUUUUGAAUAAAAUGUAUACCUUAAGAAUAAAUCAUUGAUACAGUUUUUUU